AUGAAUAAGAAGAAGGCGAAUUGUGCCCAUACAAAGUUAAGGAAGGAUAAUUCAAAGAAGGUAGGUAAUCAAGAUGUUGAGGGGGGUCAGAAUUCAUCUUUAGUAGAUGAAAUGAAGAAUGUGAGCCAAGUGAAUUUCAUCCAACAACAAAUUGUUGAAGCUAGAGACAAAUUGGAAAAGCUGAAACAAGACAAUUGUAAGAAAGAGAUGGAUCUUCUUAUGAUCAAAAGUAUUCAAAAUCCAAAUAUGUUAGCCAACCUCACUAAUGGUGAUUCAAUUGAACUCAACAAGAUGUUAGAUGAAAAAAUUAAGGAGAUUGAUGCUAAAAUUGCUUCACUCAAUUGA